ACUGGACGACGGCUCAACUUGAGCCGUUAGACUGCGAGGUUCGUCGUGGCAAUGCCAUCUGCCACGAGUUGCUAUCUUUUCUCCCUCUUUCCAAUCAAAUAGAUCUUCCCCCGCAUUUACCCCAUCGAGCGAUCUUGCCUCCUUACCAAGCACCACCGAUAGACGAGGUCAAACACUAGACAGCAUCAGUAUCACCACUACCCUACCGCCACCAGCACCUUUCAGCUAUCAGUAUGGCCGCGCAACCCACGCAGCUCACGGGUGACUUCGAUGCCGUGCGUCGCGACAUCGAAGCCAUCCUCAAGAUGAAGGAUUAUGAUGACGGGUCGAUCGGACCAGUCCUUGUCCGCCUAGCCUGGCACGCAUCAGGCACCUACGACGCCAAGACGAACACGGGUGGCUCAGUAGGCGCAGGCAUGCGCUACGAAGCAGAGGGCGGUGAUCCGGCCAAUGCUGGUCUGCAGCACGCCCGCAUCUUCCUCGAGCCCAUCAAGGAGAAGCACCCAUGGAUCACCUACUCGGACCUCUGGACCCUUGGUGGCGUUGUAGCCAUCAAGGCAAUGGGUGGACCUUUGAUUCCGUGGAAGCCGGGAAGGUCGGACUUCUCGGAUGACUCGUACAUCCCUCCCAGGGGAAGAUUGCCGGAUGGAGCGCAGGCUGCGGACCAUUUGAGGCACGUCUUCUACAGGAUGGGCUUCAACGAUCAGGAGAUUGUCGCCUUGAGCGGGGCGCAUAACCUUGGCAGGUGCCAUCCUGACAGGUCAGGCUUCAAGGGCCCUUGGGUCGUCUCGCCGAUCCGCUUCUCGAACCAAUACUACAAGCUGCUUCUCAAGCUGAACUGGAAGAAGAAGGAUCUUCCGCGAGACUCAGCAGACAAGGGCGCCUCAUGGCAGUGGGUCGCCACACCUCCCGGCGGCGACGACGAGGACGAGGAGCUCAUGAUGCUGCCUACGGAUCACUCCCUCAUCGAGGACCCAUCGUUCCGCGAGUGGGUCGAGAAGUACGCAGAAGAUGCCAAGCUCUUCCACGAGCACUUCUCUGCCGUCUUUGCCAAGCUGAUCGAGUUGGGUGUCUACAGAGAUGAGGACGGGAUCGCGCGAUUCCACCACUUGGAGAAGGCGGCUAAGGAUGCGAAGCAGGGUGGAUACGACUCGGCGCCCAAGAAGUCGGACAGGCCAGGUGCUCCUGGACAGGUUGGCGAUGGUGUCGCGAGUGGCGCGGCCAAGGAGAAUGAGAAGGGCGUCAUGCACGCUAAGGCCAAGCUCUAAGCGGUACGAGGAUGAUGAUGGAGAGGGGAAAGAAGAGGAGGAGGAUCAAGAGGAAUAGCAAGUCGCCGACUGCACUACGAGUCGACUUCUCAAUAGGACUCGGAGCUCGACUGCCGAGGGCUUCUUGGCUUGUUUGCCUCCCCUCGGCUCGUGCCGCCCUCCUUCCCUCGCAUCGCUCUCCAUCUCGACGUCCCCACCUUUCUCCCAUUUGUCACAUGACCUAGCCUCUCGUCUCUAGCGGCACUUUUCCAGCCUCUCGAUUGCACACACAGUUUUAUUUGUCUCGCGAUUCCAGGUCGAUAUUAUUCUCGUCUCAUAGAACCCUUUCAAUCAUAGAG